UUAUCGUCUUAUCUGUGGUUGACAGUGUAUUAUAGUUUAUGCUUGAUAAAUUUUGGAAAUAAUUUAUGUACAACCGUUUUAAAAUACCAUGAGAAUCAUAGGAGAAUAAAAUGGGUAUACGUGGUUUAACAACAUUUAUUCAGAAUAGAUCACACUUGUAUUUAGAGGAAUAUGAUCUUCAUGAUACCAGUAUCGUAAUAGAUGGAAAUGCAAUUGCAUGCCAACUAUAUAAGUGGCAUUGUAAAUCUAAUGACUGUUUUGGAGGUGAUUAUGAUAAGUAUGCUGCAUUGAUAGAAAACUUUUUUCAAAUGUUAUCCAGUUGCAAUAUAAUUCCAUAUGUUGUCUUUGAUGGUGGUUAUGAAAGCCGUAAGGUAGCAACUGUUAUAAGCAGAAUGAAAAAUAAAAUAAAAUCUGCUCAACAGCUUAAUAGUGAUGUUGUUUUGAAACUAAACAUAAAAUGUGUAAGAUGUGACUUUGAGAGUGAUACAGAAAUAGCUAAUAUAGCAAGAAGAUUAAAUUGUCCAGUUCUGAGUUAUGAUUCAGACUUUUUUAUAUUUGACGUUUUAUAUAUACCAUUUUCUACAUUUGAAUUGUGUGCAAGGAGGAAGAAAAGGACCCAGACGAAUGAACCUUAUACCUAUAUUUUUUGCAAAGUAUACAGAAUUGAAAAAUUUUUAGAAUCAUUUGGUGGUUUGGAUAAAAAUAGUUUACCCAUUUUAGCUGUGCUAUUAGGAAACGAUUAUGUGAAGAGAAGUGUGUUUUCAAUGUUUUAUAGAAAUUUGAAAAUACAGAAAUGUCAUGGUAAACAAAAUGAUCAACAAAAAAGGAUUAAGUCGGUUAUAAUUUGGCUUCAAAAUGAGUCUACUGAUUCUGCAAUACAAAAAGUUCUAAGUCGAUAUAAAUGUAAAAGAAGGAAGUUGAUCGCCAACAAGAUUAAUACUGCAAUAAAAGGAUAUAAUUGUACUGACAGUGCAUAUUUGUCAUAUUUAGAUAUAACUCCUAUUCAGUGUAAGGAAGCAUUGCAAGCACCCUUAGACAUUAAUUAUAUUGACGAUGAAAAUAUUCAGGAUGAGAAUAUAGAUAAUUCAGAAAUUGAUUCUGAUUCUGAAGAAGAUACCUCUUCAACAAAUGAAGAUCAUGGUGAUUUCAAUUUUGAUGACGGUGAAUUAAAUUCAGAUGUACCAACAAUUUUUAUCGAAAAGUAUAGAAGAUGUUUAUAUCCUCCCAGUUUUAUGGAUAUUUUGAAACAAAAUAAAUAUUAUUGCAUACCACAAGUUGAGGAUGAUGCACAAGAAUAUUCACAUGCGGUUAGUUCCGAGAUACUUAGUGCUAUUCACAAGGUUUUAAAAAAUUCUAAGGAUAACUUAACAUGUGUGGCAAGAAAUACUAAUGGCCGUGUGAAAAGUGUGUUAUUACCUUCUUGUGAUGUUAAUAUGCCCACUUUAAUGGAAAUCCAAAAUAUUAAUCUGCCUUCCAGAAAGUAUAUUUUACUGAAAGUACUUAAAAUUGAUGCCAAUAUAACUAAAAACUGUUUAAGCUUCUUUCCAGAAUCCUGGCAUUUAUUUAUUAUAACUGUAAAAUAUCUAAUUGAUAAAUCUGUUAUUACUUGUCCAAUUGUCUAUGCAUUAAUUAUGUGUAAAAUAUUUUUGUGUUAUAUAGAUAAACAUGUUGGGUUGUGCCGUUCAAAAAAAGCAUUGGAGAAAAAAUUAAAUAUGACUUCAAUUUCUAGCGAUAGCAAUAACAAAACAAAUCAUUCUAUCAAAUUAUGCACAAUUGAUACUCUAGAAAAUAUAAACUAUAAUGACUCAUUGGUCUGUUUGAAAAAUUUGUUUCCUUAUUUUCAUUUGGAUGUUAAAUUGAAAACCAAUUAUCGAUUAUAUGAUAGAAAUGUAUUGCACUCAAUGGCACAAUUUCAGAGUUGUCUAUUACAUGUUAAGUAUUUAAAUAACCUGUUAAAUUUACCAUUUUCCAAUUUUAUUAUGUCUGAUAUUUUUAAUGGUACCUUUGUGUAUAAUUUAUCAGUAAAUUUUAUGAAGAGAUCGAACCUGGAUAGUUACGUAAAAUUGUUAUUAAAAGAUAGUCCUACAGUAUUCAAUGGUUUCAGUUCGGUUGUUGAAAACUUGAAAGAACAUUUAACUAAUGUCCAAAGUGACGCUCCACCAAAGCGAAGAAGAAAGAAGAAGAAACCUAAAGUAAAUGAAAUUGAUUAUAAACAAGAUUCUUCUGAAGGAGAAACAGCAGUUGAUCCUAAUAAUAAAUAUUCUGUUUUAAUAUCUUCGGAAAAGGAUUGUUAAGUUUGAAUAAUUUAUUAUUUUGAUACAGAA